GUGCACCAAUGCUUAUUUACAUCAGCGCCUCCGCAGAAGCAGUGCUCAUAUACAGCUGCCUUAUAUGGUCGGCUUAAUACUGACCAGGCACAUGUUGGGCUGCUUUUCUCCUUUUCGUCAGGAGACAUUAGUACAACCAAAUCCCUUUUAUCAUCAUGAUUCAUUGGUCAAAAAAAUGGUGCGUUAUGUACCAGUAUGUACCAAAGGAAUAUCAUCACAUCUGGAAUAGUGAUCAUUGUAAUUAUAUGAUAUUUCAAUAAAUAAUUGUCUUUUUCUUAUACUUAGGGUUGCAAAUAUUCACUGGCACCAAUGAAGUAUGUUACUGUUCCUACUGGUUUGGUGAAUAGCAUUUAACCGUCAUGCCAGCAGUCUGAUAACUUGCUGGGGGACUCUAGUUUACUGUGACCUUGAAGUGUAAAACACAGAAACAAAUCACAAAACACAAUCACAAGAGAUAAAUUGUGGUUUAGAGUUUGUUGGGUUUUCUGAUUUGUUGUUGUACUUGUUGCACAUCAUAGCCCUCAAAUAAAACUAUUAUAAAGUGAAUACUUCUCUCCUAUUGUUGGCCAGUUCUCUACAACCUGGCCACCACUGAGAGGAAACUGAAUAGGAAUGGCUUCUUGUUGGGGUGGAUCUCACUGGAUGUGUUUUAACCAUAAGGUUCAGGGAGUGAACGAGAUGGAUAUCACAGCUUCCUUUCAAAAUAUUUUCUUUUUUUUAUCCCCAAAUGACUUAUGAAAAACAAUGUCCAUCCAAUAGGGCUUUUUAAGUGUAGACAUUUUCUCUGUCGCUGCUAGAAAAGCACUGGUGUUACUAAUAACACUGAGAAUUGGCUCUGUUGCACUCAAGCGCCUGAGAGUGAGCCAAGGAAUUCAUUACUGAUUUAUAAAUAUUACCUCCGCCAAGGAGGCUGUGCUUUCCCCCCCUGCCCUUUGUGUAUCAGCAGGAUUACUGCACAUAGUUCCAUGAAACCUGGUUGAAGGAUGGGUCAGGAAUGAACCCAUUAAACCUUGAACCAGAUCUGGACCAAGGGGAAAAUCAGAAAAAUGUAUUUUCACUUUCUUCAACAUUGCGACAUUGGUGUUCUUUUUACCUUUAGAUCAAUUUCCCAUUAACUAAUGAAUUGAUCUCAAUUUAUUUUUAUCUGUUAUAUUUAGGGCAGAGAUAUAUCUGAUUGUGUGCAAUUUGGUGCAGCUUGGUUCUGUAAAGAGAACGGUUGGUUCCUGGCGGAGGUAAGUGCUCGGCGGAGUGCCAUUCUAGUUUGUAGUGUAUACCGGUGAAUGUGUCUCAAAAUGUUCUCUAUGGAUUGAAUUCAAUUUUCAUUUUAUUUGUAUAGCACCAAAUCACAAUAUCCAUGAUCUCAAGGCACGAAAAAAAGAGAAAAACUCCCUCAUUAACCGGAAGAAGCCUCAGAAGCUAGAUCCAGACUCCAUGUGGUUGUUAAAAGACCAAUGUCAUUUUGGUGUUACUAACAACACCUGUGUGACUCAGAAGGCAUGAUAAUUAUACUGUGAUAAAUGUUCAUGAAUAUUUUCAUCUCCAAAAUAUUGUUCCCUCACUGACACAGUAUUGAAGUGUGGUGAAACAUGUGUUCUUGUGCGCAGAUAGUAACAUAGAUAGGUUUUCCUGCUACUACUGACACGCUGAAUUCUCUUGGCCGUACAGACAGUAACAUGUCUAGUAUCUCCCUGAUGCAUGCACCACAGUGUGUGUGUGUGUGUUAGUGUGUGUAAGCCCUCCAGUUGCCCUCACAAAGCCCACUCAGGCAGACUGACACAAGUCAUCUGCAUGCCUGGGUAAAGGCAUCAUCAUCAUCAUCAUCAUCAUCGUCAGCAGCAGCAGCAGCAGCAGCGGCGGAGGGGCGGAGGGGCGGGGAGCUCAGAUCCAGCAACGACCACCGACGGACCGGGAGAGCCUCCUCCGGUAGCAUCAGCACACACCAACCAGGGAAGAUGGUCGCGGUGCAGACGUCCCCCACCCCGGCUCCUGCGGCGGAGUGGAUCUGCUGCCUGGAUAAAAGGCCCUCGGAGCGCUCAGGAGAGGACGUGGACAUUAUCCUGACCAGACUGAGAGAGGUCAAAGCGUUUCGGAGGUUCCCGUCUCCGCUCUUGGUGCAGAUCUGCGCUUCAGCCUUCUACGAGUGCCUGGAGAAAGGCAUCACGUUGUUUCGACAGGGAGACAUCGGCACCAGCUGGUACGCCGUGCUCUCGGGUUCCCUGGAUGUUAAAGUGUCAGAAACAGCCAACCACCAGGAUGCAGUCACUAUUUGUUCACUGGGGAUUGGAACGGCGUUCGGUGAGUCGAUCCUGGACAACACACCUCGCCACGCUACCAUCGUCAGCAGAGAGACCAGCGAGCUGCUGCGCAUCGAGCAGAGGGAGUUCAAGAGCCUCUGGGAGAAGCAUCGUCAGAGCCUGGCUGGACUGCUGGCCCCCCCUUAUGGAGCGAUGGAGAGCGGAUCUAACAAUGACAGACUCACAGACAAGGAGAACAUUCACUCCGACUCGGCAAACAGAUCUCACAACAAGAUUCCCUCAGAGAAACUGCAGAGAGCCGGGAAGGUUCUACGUAACGCCAUCCUGUCCAGAGCCCCGCACAUGAUCCGAGACAGGAAGUAUCACCUCAAGACUUACAGACAGUGCUGUGUUGGCACAGAGCUGGUCGACUGGCUGGUGCUGCAGAGUGCAUGUGUGCUCACACGGUCCCACGCUGUCGGGAUGUGGCAGGCGCUGCUGGAGGAAGGGGUGCUAAACCAUGUGGACCAGGAGCUUGGCUUCCAGGACAAGUACCUGUUCUACCGUUUUCUUGAUGAUGACGAGGAGGACACGCCGUUGCCUAGUGAGGAUGAGAGGAGGGAGAGUGAGGAGGAGCUGCCGGAGACCAUCCUCUUCGUCGCUCAGAUUGGACCUGAUGCCCUGCUGCGCAUGAUCCUCAAGAAAUCGCCUGGUCAGAGGACAGGAGAUGACCUUGAGAUCAUCUACGAUGAGCUGCUUCACAUCAAGGCCUUAGCUCACCUCUCCAACACUGUGAAGAGGGAACUGGCAAGCGUUGUGAUUUUUGAGUCACAUGCAAAAGCUGGAACCGUGUUGUUUAACCAAGGAGAGGAGGGCACAUCAUGGUACAUCAUCCAGAAGGGCUCAGUCAAUGUGGUGAUCUAUGGCAAGGGUGUUGUGUGCACACUCCACGAGGGCGACGACUUUGGGAAGUUGGCGCUGGUCACAGAUUCACCUCGAGCUGCCUCCAUUGUCCUGAGAGAGGACAACUGCCACUUCCUGCGUGUGGACAAGGAGGACUUCAACAGGAUACUCAGGGAUGUGGAGGCCAACACGGUGCGUUUGAAAGAACACGAACAAGCCGUGCUGGUGUUGGAGAAGAGUCCCCGAGCCUCCACUAUGGGAAGCAUCAAGUACACUGUGAUAUCAGGGAUGCCAGAGAAGAUUCUGGAGCACUUCCUGGAGACCAUGAGGAUGGACAUACACCACAAUGAUCCAGACCCAGCGGUGGACGAUUUUGUCCUCAUGCAGUGUGUCUUCAUGGCCAACAGCCAGCUCUGUCCUCUGCUCAUGGCACACUACCAUGCGCCCUCUCCACCCGGCUCUGAGCAGGAGAGGUUGGAGUAUGCUGUGAACAGUAAGAGGAGGGUCCUGGUUAUCACCCUGCGCUGGGCCAACACACACUCGUACCUGCUGCAGGAGGAACCUGCCGCUCUCGCCUUCCUGGAGGAGUUGUACGGAAGUCUAUCAAAUGACUCUCGGGUGCUGAGAGCUCUGAAAGACUUAGUGCCUGACCUGGAGAAAAUCAUCAAAUUACAUUCAGAAGAAGCCAAAGCAACUAAAAAGAAAACCCUAUUACGACAAUUCAGCAACGGAGAGGAAAGGCUGCAAAAGAAACAACCCAUUAGGAAUCAGGACGACAUCCUACUAAAGGUCUACUGCAGCGAUCACACAUACACAACCAUCCGGGUCGCCGUGGCAGCAACAGGAAGAGAAGUGAUUGCUGCUGUGGCUGACAAACUCUGCACCACGGAGGAGCUGGUGUUGCUCCACCUCAGCUCGGCCGGUGAAAAACUGAUGUUGAAGCCAAAUGACGUGUCAGUGUUUUCGACUGUGAGCAUCAACGGACGACUGUUUGCCUGUUCUCGUGGACAGCUCAGCAAUCUGACUCCUCACCCGGAGCAGGAGGGCCCCACUGCAGGCUCCAUGUCAACCUUUGAGCUGAUGAGCUCUAAGGACCUGGCUUACCAGAUGACCAUGUAUGACUGGGAGCUGUUCAGCUGUGUGCAUGAGCACGAGCUGCUCUACCACACGUUCGGCCUGCAGAGCUUCAGGAGAACCACCGCGAAUUUGGACUUGUUCCUGCGGCGAUUCAACCAGGUUCAACUGUGGGUGGUCACUGAGGUGUGCCUCUGCGGACAGCUCAGCAAGAGAGUCCAGCUCCUGAAGAAGUUCAUCAAGAUAGCUGCACACUGUCGAGAGUUCAAAAACCUGAAUUCGUUCUUUGCCAUUAUUAUGGGGAUGAGCAACCCAGCUGUCAGCCGACUGAGCCAGACCUGGGAGAAACUCCCCUCCAAGUUCAAGAAGUUCUAUGCCGAGUUUGAGAGCAUGAUGGACCCAUCCAGAAACCACCGGUCCUACCGACUCACUGUCACCAAACUGGAGCCGCCGAUCAUCCCCUUCAUGCCCCUCCUUCUCAAAGAUAUGACAUUCACGCACGAGGGCAACAAGACAUUUAUUGACAACAUGGUCAACUUUGAGAAAAUGCGUAUUAUAGCUAACACGAUUCGGCAAGUGAAGCAUUGUAGAAGUCAACCUUUCAAUCCCGACAUUUGCCAACCAAACAAAAACCAAGCCGAGGUGCGGGGCUACGUCAGGAAGUUCUGCGUGAUUGACAACCAGAGGGCGCUGACGCAGCUCUCCUACCGGCUGGAGCCUCGGCGGACAUGAGCUCCCGACCUCCCACCGCCAUCGCCUUCUCUGUGACGUCAGCAUUAGAAAACAACAACAACAAAGACAAAAACACACACAUGUUACCUGGAUAGAAAUAAUACGACUUGAAUUAUCAGUAGCAAAUCACAACAGUAAAGGAUUCUUGUGGCUCCAGGACUUAUACUGUGCCAUUAAAUGCCUCUUCUUCCUGGACAGACAAACUGCUCAGCUGCUCUCCCGUCGCUGUGUCGUCCCCCCCCCCCCAGACUGAUGGCUUAUUAGCUGUCGCUGUUUGGGACCUGUUAGAUAGAACUGUAAUGUAUAGAACUUGAAUCAAUAUCCUGCAUGAUUGAACUUCAUAGGCUUUGGGUUCUAUACAGUGGAUUUCUAUCGGAGUGUCCUGUGAUGUUGUGCUCCCCCCCCCCCCCCGGAUAAGCCUUGUUUACAAUAUAUUACUGUACCUGCCUGUCAAGCAGAAGCAUUCUCGUGACGGCCCGACACAGAGACAGAAAAAAACACGGAGGAGCCCACAGACAGUAGUGAAGACUCCUCCUUUCCCCCUGUUGGAUAUACAGAUGAAUAUCACACCUAUUUACUCCAUAACCUACAUGAGCGUGUCUUUAGGAUUCAAUGUCCUUUAGGUGAAUAUCGAUGUCCCUGAACUAGUCAUAGAACUCCAAAGCUACUUAACAGAGUAUUAGUCAGAUUAUUGCCCCAAUGAUAUCGCAAAAAGUGUAAAAAAAAAAUGUGUCACCGUGCGACUGUGACCGGUGUAAACGGUUGUAGAUGGUGAAGUUGCUCGCUGGGACCGGUUCAGCCGAUUCCAGAGAGCGUCUCGCACUCUGAGGCGAAAUCUCGUCGUCUCCCAGUUUGUGUCAAGUCCGUGUUCAGUCUAUUUAUUUUUGUAUCUGUGGGUGUAGAAGUUGAGUGUGUUCUUGACAUUGACGUGUCAUUAGUUUUCCUCUGACCUCAGGAGCUUUUGAUGUGACGGUGUGUCAGUCAAGAACUGCCUCCCCCUCCCCCCAGAGCAGCCUGUAACUGUACUGUUUGUGUGGUCUGCCUUGUAAAUAAAGAAAUAGCUAAUUUAA